GCUCCCUCCCGGGCGUCCAGAGGCGGAAGUGAAAGGUGUCUACCGGGAGCGUUGUUUCCCGGCUGAACAAUCUGUUUUUAAAUGAAGAGUGUGUUUAUACAAGGCCUUGCAAUACAACUAGGAUUCAAGAAAAUGACCCUUUCUGAAAGAAAAGGCAGUUUAACAAUAUGUGAGACUUUAAAAAGGUGUGUGUGAGUACAGGCACGUGCACUUGCUGCAUUUGAAAAACUUUGGGCUACCUGAUGAUUAUGGCAUCAAGAAACAUCUGGUGUGUGAGAAGAAACUUUCUCUUUGAUUUAAGAGACUGGAUGCUUCAAUAUUCAGCAGAAGUUUUCCUCAAGUCGAUUUCAUUCAGGCCGUUUAGUGCGGAAUGCGACAGUAAGGACAAGGAGUCUUUGGAGGAGGAGAGGGAGGACCUGCUGAGCAACUUAGUCACCAUGGGCGUUGAUAUCGACAUGGCAAGGAGGCGACAGCCUGGAGUUUUUAACAAGGCUGUUACGAAUGAGCAGGAGCUGAAGUUAUUCCUUCUGUCCAAGGGAGCUAGUGACAAAGUGAUUGGUAGCAUCAUAUCAAGAUAUCCACGAGCUAUAACACGCACUCCUGAAAGUCUUUCAAAACGGUGGGAUCUGUGGAGAAAGAUUAUGGCAUCAGACCUUGAAAUUGUAAAUAUUUUGGAGCGUUCUCCUGAAUCCUUUUUUCGAUCUAAUAACAAUCUAAACUUAGAGAAUAAUAUAAAGUUCCUUUGCUCUGUUGGAUUGACUCAUAAAUGCCUCUGCAGACUGUUGACCAAUGCUCCCAGAACCUUCUCCAACAGUCUGAAUUUGAAUAAGCAAAUGGUUGAAUUUUUGCAGGAGACUGGUAUGUCCUUAGGUCACAAUGAUCCCAGAGAUUUUGUCAGGAAGAUAAUUUCUAAAAACCCUUCCAUCUUAAUUCAGAGCACCAAACGUGUGAAAACUAACAUUGAAUUUUUACAAUCAACUUUCAACUUGAACAAACGGGACCUGCUGCUUCUGAUAUGUGGCCCAGGAGCUAGAAUCUUAGACCUUUCCAAUGACUGUACCAAAAAAAAUUACACAAACAUAAGAGAGAGGCUGCUUUCUCUUGGAUGCAGCGAGGAGGAGGUACAGAGGUUUGUCCUAAGCUAUCUGAAUAUGGUCUUCUUGUCAGAGAAAAAGUUUAAUGAUAAAAUAGACUGCCUUAUAGAAGAAAAAAUCAGUGCUUCACAAAUAAUUGAAAAUCCGAGGAUUUUAGACUCCAGCAUAAAUACUUUAAAAACUCGCAUCCGAGAGCUGUCCCAUGCUGGGUAUGACUUGAGCACAUCCAGCAUUGCUCUGCUGUCCUGGAGUCAGAGAAGAUAUGAAGCUAAACUGAAGAGAUUAUGUGGAUAGGACAGUGCAGGAGGAGUCGCAGGCAAUCGGACAGGUGUGGCACUGGUUCCAGUUUGGACUUUUAAAACAGGAGAGGUUUGUUUUUGUUUUUUAAUUAUUUUUUUAUUUAAAUUUUUUAAAUAAAAAUUUUAAAAUAUUUAAGAUUACAUUUAUUUUGUAUGUAUUUUAUGUGUAUGUGCAUGUGCUUAUGUGUGUGCAUGCUGAGGCACAUGUGGAGGUUGAGGAGAGCUUUUAGGAGUUGGAUCUCUUUCUGCUGAGUGGGUUCCAGGACCAACUUAGUCAUGAGGCCUGGAAGCAAAGUGUUUUUAUCCAUUGAGCCUCUUGCUGGCCCAAGAGUUUUGACUUUUCACCGCAGACACAUGUAUAAUGAUUCUGUGGGUACUUUGUUUUAUAGCACAUAAGAACUCCACAGUUAGUGUGCUCACAUAUAGUCCUAGCUACCCCUUCUUAUUUUAAGUUAACAUAACAGUCCAUUAGAUGGUGCAGGCUUUAGCUGCUCUGUAGGAGCAGCAGCAGUUCCUGAUUUCUACAGUAGAACAGUGUACGAAGAUUUUACAGAAUGUGCCUUGUAGUUUCUGUUUGCAUUUUAGUAGUAGAUUUGGGUGGGAGUGCGGCUUCCUCAGCACGUGGAAGGCCUGGGUCGGAUGCCCAGCACAGGAAGGCUGAUGGUUAUAUGUGUUAGUUCUGUCUCUUCUCAUUUUCAACCCCAAGAUUGUCUCUUAUUUCAAUAUGCUAGUCAAUUGUAGUUCAAUUUCAGAGUGUAAUGCCAGUAAAAAUAGUAAAAUGUGAGUUUCCAUUGUUUUACAUUUUACAUUUGAAUAUCUAAUAUCCUCCCUGACAGAAUUAAGCUUGAGUGGAUAUAAAAUUAAUGCAAACAAGUCAGUCCUCUAUUCAAAGUAUAAAUGAGCUAAGAAAGAAAUUAGGGAAACAAAAUUAAUUAUAAAAAUUAUGGAUCAAUUAUGUCCUAAUCAUCCUGUGAUUACAUGUGUAUAGAACUUGAUGAGCUGUAGGAGAACUGUAGACAGCAGACUGGCCAUACAGCUUUCUAAAGGCAGAUACCGGCAAGUCUGGUUGAUGAUUCAAACAGAAGGAACAUUCCAUAGAUAUGAAGAGGUUUUUAGUAGGUUGUUUUACCUAUAGGAUCUGUUAGCCUCAAGCUGGAGGAAAAGAAAUUAAUAUUCUUAUGUACAACUUUAUUUUUUUAGUUUAAUAGCUGCUUGUUGCUUUUUAACAAAAUUAUUUCUUUGAUUAGUUAAUUAACUAAUAUAUAUGAGUGCAUUAUCUUCAUAUACACUUGCAUGCCUCAAGAGGGCAUCAGAUCACAUUAUAGAUGGUCAUGAGCCACUGUGUGGUUACUGAGAAUUGAGUUCUGGACCUCUGGAAGAACAGCCAGGGCUCUUAACUGCUGAGCCAUCUCUCCCACCCUGAAAUACUAUGUGCUCAUUGGACAGUUCUGAAAUGAUAUAAUUUAGAAUGUUUUCUUACAUUUUUUUACCUCAACUCUUAAAAGACCUGAUUGUUAUGCCAUCUUAAUGCCUCAAAAUACAUACCAUUGUCUUCCAGAUAUGACAAUGAAGCAAUACCCAUAAAACCUCAAUAAUAUGGCUGUCUAAACAAGACCCAAACAAUUGCAAAGCUCCUUAAUGUGCCAGCAUGGAUGGGGGAGAGAUCAUAUGGGACCCCACCCCUAGAGGAAGAGCUACAGGGAGUUACUGACUAUUGAGAGAGAGAUGGUUAUUCAGUGCCAAGAGGUCAACUCUAAAAACAUACAUGCAAGGAACACUACACAGACUCAGUAUGCUGUAGUAGUGAAUUACUCACAUAUGUAUGUAACAAUAAUAGUUAAAGAAAAGGAGGCCAUGAAUUUGAGAGGGAGUGAGCAUGGGAGGAGCUAGACAGAGGAGAGAAUGGGAGAUAAUGUCAGGACAUUUUGAUUAAAUAAAAAAAAUUAAAAGAUAUAUAGCACUGUCUUUGUACUUACUUAGGUACAAUUUCUGGAUUGUCCACCCUUGUUUAGCCUGGACAUUAAAACUCUAUGGCACUUAUUGUGUGCCUGUUUACAAAACUCAACAUGGACAGUUGUAUUUCUGGAAUUAUUGCAAUUAAUCCAACCCUGUAUUAACCUUUUCCUCCUUUGAAGAUGUUCUAUUAAAAAAAUAACAACAAUAAGGAUUCCAGUUGUAACAUAUGAAGUGAGGGGAUCAAAUUUUGUUGUGAAAAUAAAUGUUAUUUUUAAAGUA